GAGGAACAGAAGGUCUUCCUCGUCGGGGUCUUAGUGGGGCUCUUGGGGACAAGUAAGACUUUACUUGAGCAUUCCUGUCCAGGAACCAAUCCGAAGAGAACCGUCAAGAAACUUUGAGUAGAGCCUGAGGCUAGACCCUAAGCUGAAUGAUGACUUCAGCUGUGGGCUGCCAGGCUUCAGCUUCACUGGAGCAGGAAGGGCUCCUGAUAGUUAAGCUGGAGGAAGACUGUACUUGGGGGCAAGAAAUCUCCGUUCAAAAUCCUGGAACCAACCCUGAGACCUCCCACCAGUGCUUCAGACAUUUCCGAUACCAACAGGCAACUGGACCUCGAGAGGCGUUUAGCCAUCUCCAAGAGCUUUGCCAUCAUUGGCUGAGGCCGGAGGUACACUCUAAGGAGCAGAUCCUAGACUUGCUAGUGCUGGAGCAGUUUUUGACCAUCCUACCUGGGGACAUCCAGACCAGGGUGCGGGAGCAACAUCCACAGAAUGGAGAAGAGGCAGUGACUUUAGUAGAGGAAUUGCAAAGAGAACAUGGAAGAUGCAGGCAACAGGUUACAAUCCAUGGGCGGGGACAGGCAGUGCCUUUGGAGGAGACCUCGCUCCUGGGAGCAGCACAGGAACCACCGAACUUCAAGCUGGAGCCAUCGGAGACUGAGCAGAGCCCUUGCCUUGGACUACAGGACCUGCUGGGCCCUGGCCCUAAAGGGGGGGCCCAACCCCUAAAGGAGAGGGCAUCAUCCACUCCCUGGGUUUCUCUCCUUCCUUCAAAGGCAGAAAGCACUGAAGACAAAGAGACAACAGGGUCCCAGUUGCCUGUGACCUUUGAGGAUGUGACAGUGUACCUCUCCCAGGAAGAGUGGGGGCAUCAGGAACCUAAUAAGAAGGCCCUUUCCAGGGAAGUCAUACAGGAGAAUUAUGAGAAUGUGGUCGCAUUAGAAUCUCAAAUUCCCAAUCAGGACCCAGUCACCCAAAUAGAACAAGAGGAAAAGUCAUGGGAUCCCAAUCUCCAGAGUGCUAAGGAACAAGGGAUCUCCAAAAUCCCUUAUAUAGCUUUCUUUCCCUGUGGUCCAGAAUGAAACUCUUUGGGUUUUUCCUUUAUUCCAACAGAAGAGAAGAAAGAAAACAAGGCAGGGAAUUCUCCUUCUGAACGUUUUGAUGAAGAGCAGCCUCAAGAAAUACCCUCUGGACAUUCAGAAAUAGAAGUUCCCUGGAGUCCUGAGCAGGGAAAAUCAGAAGGACAGUGGAAUCCUUCUCCAGAGGAGAAACUGGGAAAACCCACAGCUUGGGCAUUGGGUUGCAGUGAAUUAAUAAGACCAAAGAAAUCUCAGCCAGGAGAGAAACUAUAUAAAUGUCCAGUGUGUGAAAAAAAUUUCUCUAACAACUCAAAUCUUAUUAGACAUCAGAGAACCCAUACAACAGAGAGACUCUGUAUGGGUUUAGAGUGUGGGGAAAUUUUUGGUGGGAACCCACAUUUUAUUCCUCCCCAUAGAGUACAUCUGGGAGAAGAAGCCCACAAGUGCCUUGAGUGUGGGAAAAGCUUCAGUCAGAACACACACCUGACUAGACAUCAGCGUACCCAUACAGGUGAGAAGCCCUAUCAGUGUAAUGUGUGUGGGAAAAGCUUCUCUUGCAACUCAAACCUUCACCGGCAUCAGAGAACCCAUACUGGUGAGAAACCCUACAAGUGCCCUGAGUGUGGAGAAAUUUUUUCUCAUAGUUCUAACCUCAUUAGACACCAGAGAAUUCACACAGGAGAGAGACCCUAUAAAUGCUCUGAAUGUGGGAAAGGAUUCUCUCGAAGCUCACAUCUUGUCAUACAUGAGAGAACCCAUGAGAGAGAAAGAUUUUACCCUUUCUCUGAAUGUGGGGGAACAGUAAGUAACAGUACAACAUUUAUCACAAAUCAUGGAACCCAGAGAGGAGAGAAGAAACUCUUUAAAUGUUUGACAUGUGGGAAAAGCUUCAGGCAAGGUAUGCAUCUCACCAGACACCAGAGAAUACACACUGGAGAAAAACCUUAUAAAUGUCCUUUGUGUGGAGAAAACUUCUCUCACAGCUCCAACCUCAUUAGGCAUCAGAGAAUCCACACAGGAGAGAAGCCCUAUACUUGUCAUGAAUGUGGGGACAGUUUUUCUCAUAGCUCUAAUCGGAUUCGACAUCUGAGAACCCACACUGGAGAGAGGCCCUAUAAAUGUUCUCAGUGUGGAGAAAGCUUUUCUCGAAGUUCUCGUCUUAUGAGUCACCAGAGAACUCACACAGGCUAGAAAUGGUUUGCAAUUUUGACAUAGCCAGAUUAGCAGAAGAACUUUUAUUUGCAAUUGGUCUUCCCUGUCUCAGCAGACAGAUCUCUACUUUGAAGAAGUUGCUUCAGAGAAUUACUUUGCCAGUAGGGAAAAUUUUGCCCAGCGAAGCUGAGAUAGCCUCAAGCUGUGAAAAGACAUUCCUGCUUCUUCUCCAGAGCCUGGGGGCAACAGGGAGAGCAGCAAAUGCAGUCUAUAGUGACCCCCUCAGAGAAGAAUUCUGUGAGAGACACAGCUGGAACAUUUGGGCCACAUGAGGCUCUGAAGCUUUCCUGGAAGGCACUGGCUCUAAUUUUAGUUUGAGAAAAACAUGAACAACCCAAGACAAUGAUCACAGCACCAUUUCAUCUAAUAAGAAUGACCACUGGAAGGGGACUUUUGUGAAUUGGUUCAAAAGAGAGAGUUGGUAGUCCAAAAACCAAAGGGAAACAGCAUCAUGGAAGUUUCAGGUCAGUGAGAGAAAUAGUAAAGGAUGUGGAAGUCUGGAUCAGCCUAUUUUCUGCAGGGAUUCUUAAGCUAUUCUAUUACAACAUAGUUGUGGUAGAGGAAGAGCCAUGCAGGAGAAAAGCCCUAUAUUGUUCAAGAGUUCCUGAAUCUAAUUGGCUUUUUCUGGGUAAGGUGUCCAGAAGCAUGAGUCUGGGUUCACCAAGACAAGAAGACUUAAUAGUACGGGUAUAUUGAGAGUCCUGGGGGAUAAAGAUCAGAGGAUAUGGACUGAUUCUUCCCUACUUCUCUGAAGUUGUCCAAAUUAAGUCAUGGAGCAUCAUAGCUCCUAUUGAAAAUGCAUUAGAAUGAUCAAUAUUAAAGGACCAUAAACCUACAUGACUUACAGUAAUGCCCCUCCCCCAACCCCAGUAUUGUUCUGCUUCCUUUGCCUUGCUUUGGGCUAAUGAAUCUUUCUUUGUAUUGUCUUUUUAGACUGAUCUGGAAAGUUCUGAUAAAAAUCCUAGCUAUUGGAUUGAUUCUAUGUCCACGACUAGUAUAUACUAGGCUAGAACAAUUACAGAGGUCCAUGUGUAGGUCCAAUACCUGUCUUGCUCACACUGGACUUAUACAAAGCCUUUAAAAGGAAUGUUUUUGCCUUCU